UGUUCCCACUUCGAGCUCAACAGUCACUACAUUCAGGCGCCAUGGACAGCAACAGCACACAGUGGAGCUCCGAGAUAGCACCCACAAUCUUCCCCCGUGUGGGCUACAGCAUCAUCUCUUUCCUCAUGUUCAUCAACACCAUCCUGACGGUGUUCAACAACGGCCUGGUGAUCACCGUGUCCCUGAAGAACUCAUCUCUGCUGCACCCCAUGAACGUGUUCAUCCUGAGCUUGGCCGUGUCUGACCUCAUGAUUGGCCUGUGUGGCUCGCUGGUGGUCACCAUAACAAACUAUCACGGCUCCUUCUUCAUGGGACAUGCCAUCUGCGUCUUCCAGGGGUUUGCUGUCAACUACUUUGGUUUGGUGUCAUUGUGCACAUUGACCCUGCUGGCGUAUGAGCGCUACAACGUGGUGUGCAAGCCACAAGCCGGCUUCAAACUGAAGAUGAGGAGAAGCAUAAAGAGCCUUCUCUUUGUCUGGGUCUUCUGUUUGUUCUGGGCCGUGGGACCCUUGCUGGGCUGGAGCGGCUACGGGCCCGAGGGGGUGCAGACGUCCUGCUCUCUGUCCUGGGAGGAGAGGUCGUGGAGCAACUACAGUUACCUCAUCAUGUAUACCCUCAUGUGCUUCCUGCUCCCGGUGGCUGUCAUCAUCUACUGCUACUCCAGAGUGCUCACAUCCAUGAAAAAGUUGAACAGGAGUGUGGAGGUGGAGUUGGGUUGUUCUUUGCAGAAGGAGAACAAUCACGCCACCAUCAUGGUCCUGGCUAUGGUUGUGGCCUUCUUUGUGUGCUGGCUGCCUUACACCGUGUUGUCUGUGGUGGUGGUGCUGAAUCCUCAACUCUACAUCCCUCCACUGGUGGCCACCAUGCCCAUGUACUUUGCCAAGACCAGCCCUGUGUACAACCCCAUCAUCUACUUCCUGUCCAACAAGCAGUUUCGGGAUGCAACACUGGAGAUGUUGUCCUGCGGUCGCUACAUUCCCCAUGGCUCCUCCACUGGGGUCAGCAUCAGCAUGACGCCCGUGACCAGGAGGAGCCAGCUGAUCUCCUGCAGCGGCAGGAUCAACAGGCAAAGCAAGGUGUUGCCUCUGUGAUACAUUCACAAAUGGUCGUGUGAUGGCUCGUUGAGGACACAAUGACAAGUUUGUGCAAGUUUUUUUUCUUUGUCCAAGUGGUCCAGCAUGAAAAGGAGACUUGACAGCUGAUGGACAGAAGGAGGGCAAAGCAACCAAUAGGAAGCCUUCUGGUACACACUCAUGCAAUCCAAGACAAACGGAGUGUUAUUUUCCUCACUUUUUUCUCUGUGACUGUCAGAAUAGAGAUGAUAAGUCUCUCUUUUAAAAAUAAAAGCCCCACUCCAUUUCACUCAGUGGUCACUCUGUUAGGUACACCUGCUUAAUCCAGGGCAGAAUUUUCAUUGGCGUUGAUCGGAUUAGAAUUAGCAAUAUUGGCUUUUAUGUGAUGCCAUCACAGAAGUGCGAUUGAUGAGUACCAAGGUGGGUUGAUUAUUUUAGUUUGAUUUAGUUUUUUUUUAAGACUAGUUCACUUGU